AUGAGUCCUCACGUUGUUCAGGAAUCUCCAAGCAAGCCUUCGUCAGCUGCCACCUCCCAGGCUGAUGCAAGCUCCUUGCACUUGGUCAGAGCCAACCCAUUCGGUGCUACGGUUGACCCAAACUUAUUGAAGGUUUCGGCUUAUACUAGCGCUCAAACCAUCAUCAGCCAGUCGGUUUAUGCCUUAUCCUCCACCAUUUUUUCUUAUGAAACUGCUGGUGCCGCCAACUUGGUCGAUGCUCAUUUGCAGCUUUGGGCUGGUCACUUUAAAAGACCUAAUGCUGUUGGUGUAGUUCCACUCUUCCAUCGUUUGGAACCACGUACUGGUGCUGCCAACGCCAUCUUGGGCUACUCGGCCGCCUCUUCCGCUUCUUCCCUCCUGCCUUUCACUGCGGUUUUGGGUGCCAACACUUUGUCAUACAUGCAACCUGCUUUGGCGUCUUCCAACGCUAUUCCUUUGAGUUUGAAUGUCAGUGCCGUGGACUUUGAUGCAGCCUCUGGCUCUUUGGUCUCUAACUACGCCGCUCCACUCGCUGCUGCACGCUCCUUGGGCUUCCCAGUGUUGAGUCCCGUGUCUAACGACCCAUUGGAGUUGCAGUACACCGUGGUUCUCAACCAUUACUUGGCUGCCUUGUCUGGUGCUCCAUCUGUACACUUGUUUGAUGGCCCUGAAUUCGCCAGAACUUUCCAGAAGUUCAACAACAUUUUGUCGGUGGCCGAUGUGGGUCGUUUGUACCAACAGUUGUUGACUGCUGGUGCCUCGAAGCCUCAGUCUGUCGAUGAAGCUUUGGAGACUGCUUUCGCUACUUUCAACCAGGUUGCCAACACCAACUUGCAGCCUUUUGAAUACGAGGGUGCUACUGAGCCAGAGACUGUAUUUGUUGCUUACGGUGCCCACGAGAUCGCUCAGGUUUCCAACGUGAUUUCAAAAACUGCCAAGCUUUCUGCUGUGGGUUUGUUGAAGGUUAGAGUGCCUUUUCCAUUCAGCCAGCAGAAAUUUGCUGCUGCCAUUCCUGCUUCGGCCCGUAAAGUUGUUGUCUUGUCGCCAGAGAACGCUGCCACCUUGAAAGCUGACGCUACUGCCGCCUUGUUCUUUGCUGGCCGUUUUGGUAGAACAACCGUUGAUGAGUUUGUCUACCCACCCACCUUUGUGUGGACUCCAAUUACUGUUUUGAAGGUUGUUAGUGAGUUCGUUCCUAAUGUGGAUCAUGCUGCCAUUUUGGCUCCAAGCAAGACUCCAAUUUCUCAGAUCACUGCCAACACCUCGCCUGAAGGCUCGUACUUGAUCUGGGCUAGAGACAACAGUGACCUCGUGGAGACUGCCAACAAGUUGGCACUUUCUUUAUCUUUGGAUGACUCCAAGAACGUCAGCAUCAGAAAUAAGUAUGAUGUUUCUGUCGCUGGUGGUAUUUUCCAAUCGCAGAUUGUAUCUGCCAACAAGAACACUCCCUCCACUGCUGCUGUGGACGCUGCAGAUGUCGUUUUGAUUGAGGAUGCCUCUAUCAUCAACCACUUUGACGUUUUGGCCACCGCUAAGCCUGGUGCCACCAUUUUGUUGGUGAAUCACAAGAAAAUCGCCAAUACCGUGGAGACUGACUUUGUCGAGAAGUUGCCUCUCGAGUUCAAAAGGACUUUGGCCAAAAAUCACCUCGAACUUGUCGUUAUUGACUUCUCUACCAUUGAGGACUUGGAUGCCGUCAGCGAUUCCACCAAGGGUUUCUCUGCUGAUUUCUUGGCUCAGGUUGGUUUCUGGAGAGCUUCUUUGCCUGAAUUGGGAGGCUUCGUCGUCAACAAGUUGUUGCAGGCCAACGGUAACGGCUUUGAGUUGUUAGCUGCCGUUUUGGAUAAGUUUAUUGCUACGGUGGAUGACAAGAAGUCUUUGAAGCCUGUUGCUGUUCCUGCUGAGUGGACUGAGUUGAAGUCAGAAGUUCCUGAAGAGGAGGAGAAGAAGGAGGAAGAGGAGGAUGACAAAGAGGAGGUUACUCCUUUGCCUUUCUUCCCUACCGAGUCUUCGUUCUUCCCUAACCAGAGACUUGAGCCUGACUCGACCGAGGAGGUGCAUCACGUCGGUGUUUCUGACUUGGCUGCCAAGAUCACCUUCCCUGAAGCCUACAAGGUUACCAAGGAAUUGAGACCAGACUUACCAGUCAAGAACUUCGUGGUUAAGGUCCAGGAGAACAAGAGAUUGACUCCAUCCGAGUACUCGAGAAACAUUUUCCACAUCGAGUUUGACAUUACCGGAACCGGUUUGAAGUACGAAAUUGGUGAGGCCUUGGGUAUCCACGGUCGUAACAAUGUCGAGAAGGUCGAGGAAUUCUUGAAGUUCUACGGUGUCGAUGGUGACUCCUUGAUCGAGGUUCCAAACAAAGACGACCCUCUGUUGUUGGAGAUCAGAUCUGCUAGACAAGCUUUGACCGACAACGUCGAUUUCCAGGGUAAGCCACCUAAGAGAUUCUACGAGUCUUUGGCUCCAUUCGCCUCGGACGAUACUGAAAAGGCUGCUUUGGAGAAAUUGGCUUCUGGUGCUGGUGCUGAGGAGUUGAAGAAGAGACAAGACGUUAACUUCGACACCUACGUCGACAUCUUGGAGGAGUUCAAGUCCGCGCGUCCAGCUUUUAACGACUUGGUCAAAAUCAUUGCUCCUUUGAAGAGAAGAGAGUACUCGAUUGCUUCUUCUCAGAAAAUGCAUCCUAACGCUGUCCACUUGUUGAUUGUCGUUGUUGACUGGGUCGACCCUAAGGGCAGACUCAGAUAUGGACACUGCUCCAAGUACUUGUCGGACUUGAGAAUUGGGGACGAGUUGGUGGUCAGUGUCAAGCCUUCGGUGAUGAAGUUGCCCAAGCUGCCAGCUGCUCCUAUCGUCAUGUCAGGAUUGGGUACUGGAUUGGCACCAUUCAAGGCUUUCAUCGAGGAGAAGAUCUACCAGCAGAGCCAGGGACACACCAUUGGAGAAAUCUACUUGUACAUGGGAUCCAGACACAAGAAGGAAGAGUACCUUUAUGGAGAGUUGUGGGAAGCCUACAAGAAGGCCGGUAUUUUGACCCACAUUGGAGCCGCAUUCUCGCGUGACCAGCCUCAGAAGAUCUACAUUCAGGAUAAGAUUAGAAGCUCCAUUGAGGAGUUGACCGAAGCUAUUGUCACCAAGAACGGAUCGUUCUAUUUGUGUGGACCAACAUGGCCAGUCCCAGACAUCACUGCCUGUUUGGAGGACAUUAUGCAGAACGGAGCAAGAAAAGAAGGCAAGGAAAUCAAGGAUGUUGCCAAGGUUGUGGAAGACAUGAAGGAGGACGGCCGUUACAUUUUGGAAGUCUACUAA